GUCAAAGCUUGGUCUACUCGCGGAAAAGUUCCCCACGCUGUUGUGAGUACUGCAGCAUUUGUAGAAGUAUCUUUAAGAGAUAAAUUUUCUUUUGGGAAAAUAUCCAAUCAUGAAUUGAGAUUAUUAUAUUCAAUGGUGUUUAUUAGAUUUGUCAAUGGAAUGGUGGAUCCAACUCAAGGUUCAUAUGCAUCAUCUGUCGCAUCAUUAGCAUUGAAACUUAAUAUGCCAUUACGGUUUGUUGAAUUACGCCAUGCUGGAACGCACGAACAUCUUCCUAGUUUACAAGUUUUACGAAAUGGAUGUCAACAGGCAUUGCAAUGGCUUAAUGAAAAUUACUGGGGAAUCCAAAGGCCAUUACAAUCAACGCACAUGAACGAAAUUCAUUCAUUACUUUCUAAAUAUAAAGAAUUGCGAAUGAAAUUUUUAAAAGAUUCGGAACUGGAUGAUAUGAAUUCCACGGAUAAGAUUGUUAAAAAAAUAUUAAAUUUGGUUAGUGCGGAAUAUGUGAGAGAUUUACUUAUACCUGUCUUAUUGGAAAAAGGGUUCUUGGUACCAGCAGAGGAAAAAAAGAGAGCCUCGAUGGUCGACCAAACAUUAUCAAAAGAUUUGUUAGAUUUAUGGUUUACCAUAUUACGCAAAUUUGAUUAUGAAUGGGCUAAUUUUAGUAGUGAAUUAGUACAGGGCAUGUUAGAAAAAUUGAUCACGGAUGAAGAAAACGUUAAUCGUGAUGCCAAUCUUAUUCAUUUGACGAACUUUUCGCCUGCUUCCGAUUUGAUACAGCAAUCUAAAUUAAUUCACACAAGCUCUAGUUAUCAUUUAACUCUUGUGGCAUGGAUAAGUCAUAUUCUAAAACUUCGUUACACUGGUGAUUUUAUGGUUUUUGCUGAUUUAGAUCUGGAAAAUGUUCUUGAAUUUUGUUUAAGAAAACCAAAUUAUUAUACAAAAACAAUAUUACAAGUCAUGAUCGAUUAUGAUGAGGAAUUGAAGAAAGUUGCCACACCUUUCAUGAAUUAUAUUGUUAAAAUGCUAAGUUUUAAAGAUAACUUUAAUUAUGAUAAAAAAGUUCCAAAAAUCACAGAUGAUGACAUGAAUAGGGAGAUACACGAAUUACGGGAGGAGUUGAGCAAUAUAAUCAGUUUGAAAGGGUCAGCAGAAAAAAAUAAUCCUAUAAUAGUUUCAAAUUCAGAAUCAGCAUGGAAAAUCUAUGAUCCUGAAAAAUGGAAAGCAUGCCCGAUAGGAUGUUUACCUAAUGGGCAAAUUCCCUAUUUGGAUCUUUCACCUGAGUUAGAUGGGCCUAGCAAUAUCUUUUCUGAACCAAGAAAAGAAAUAGAUCUUAUGCAAAUCGAUGAAUAG